CUUUGGGCACCGCCAGCCCUGCACCACUGGGAGCGAUGGUGCCAGGGGCCUGGAGAGCAUCUCCUGUGCCAUCAGGGCUGGGCGCUCCUCAUCCCCAUCCCAGUGGCCCCGCACGUGGCUUGUGGCUGCAGCAGCCUCGGGGUGGACAAAGCCCAGGGGUGGUUUUCGUGCCCACGAGGCCGCAGAGCCGAGCGAUGCGCUGGUGGCGGCGGGGACCCGGUGGCCACAGGGCUACCGACCCAGUGAUGGGGACGGGGUGGCCCAUGGGCACGUGCUGGUGGCCUGGUGCCCCGUGUCCACCCUGGGCUGGGUGCAGGGGGGGUGCUGGCACCCCGUAGGUGGUGGUGGUGGGGCAGGCAUCCUGCCCGUGCCGGCGCCCUGGGGGAGGCGCAGGUCUGCGGCGCGCAGAGGAAGCGCCACGAGCGCAGCCACAGCGGGAGCGGGGCUGGCCUGAGCCAGCGAGGGACCGGCCUGGCCACCAGCAGCAGCACAGGGCGAGGAUGGAGCCGCCCAAGCCGCCCCCGAGCAAGAGGAUGGCUCCUGCGCCCCCCGUCCCGGCCAAAACCAAACCAGCGCUGGGGCUGCCGAGCAAGCCCAGCAGCCCCCAGCCCGGCGCCUCGGCUGAACUGGAGCGGGGCAGAGCCGCAGACCCAGACUGCCGACGGCUUCAGCGCCCUGCAGGUGACCACGGCCAAGCUGAGCCACCCCACGGCCACGCGCCCCCGGGUGCCGGGCCAGCGGCCGCCCAGCAUGGCCUGGGGGGGUUUGGGGCCGCCCUGCGCCAGGCUCUGCCCCCCUCUCCCCCCGCAGCACAGAGCCCGGAGCAGCGGCUGGCCCUGGAGGACCUGAAGGCUGAGGUGCGGUCCCUGCACAUCCUCGUGGACCUGAUGCGAGGCCAGCACCUGAGGGACCUGGAGGACGUGAGGCUGGAGCUGCAGCACGAGCGGGCCAGGCGCGAGGCGCUGCAGGUGAGCCCCCUGUGGCCGUGGGACACGAGGACCCCCCCCCAGUGCCCCACCGACCCCCCUGCUCCCCAUCUCAUCCCUGCAGGCGGAGAUCGAGCGGGUGAGGAAGGCGCUGCCCUGCUAGCGGGGACCCCCAAAACACCCCCAGCCCCAGGAGCACCCCCAGCCCCGGAGUGA